UCGAUAAAUCGCGUUAUAACGAAAUGAAAAUCGCGCGAAUUUCACUGUUGUAUUAAUAACUAAUAGUAUACAUUUCCUACUGUGUAAUCAGAUGACAUAUUUCGAGGGUAUAUUGUGACGAUUCACCAGUUUUUAUGUGCAAAGUGUACAACGAAAAUUGAAAAACAAAACAAAUCUUUGUAGGCUGCCAAAGUGUUAACCCGGAAUCAUGGAGAACAAAGAUUUUCUCGAGUUCGGGAAGGCGACCCUCGAUUUUAUUGUUAACUAUAAUGAUACUCUGAGGGAGAGAGAUGUUCUACCGAGUGUGGAGCCUGGGUAUUUGAGCGAAUUGGUUCCCGCCGAAGCUCCGGAGAAGCCAGAAUCUUGGCAGGAAGUUUUGAGUGAUGUAGAACGGGUUAUUUUACCAGGAGUAACACAUUGGAAUUCGCCACACUUCCAUGCCUACUAUCCAACUGCCAAUUCAUACCCAGCAGUACUGGGUGAGUUGAUGAGUGCCGGAAUAACAACUCUUGGUUUUUCUUGGAUAUCAUCACCUGCUUGUACUGAAUUGGAAGUCGUAACUAUGAACUGGCUAGGAAAAAUGAUGGGAUUGCCAAAAGAAUUUUUGAACUGCAGUGAAGGACCUGGUGGUGGAGUUCUACAGGGUUCUGCUAGUGAGGCUACUCUAGUCGGCCUAUUGGCAGCGAAAGAGCGCAUGGUCAGACAUAUGAAAAGUCAAGAUCCAGAUCUAGAUGGUCCCCUCUUAAAAACCAAAUUCGUGGCAUAUACCUCCGACCAAUCGAAUUCCUCUGUGGAAAAGGCGGGACUCCUAGGAUCAAUGCCCAUGAGAUUGCUACCAGUUGACGAGAACUGCUGUCUUCGUGGUAAAACACUUUUAGAAGCGAUGGAGAGGGAUAGAAAAGCUGGUCUGAUCCCUUGUUAUGUGGUGGCAACCCUUGGCACUACGGGGACAUGUGCCUUCGAUAAUUUGAACGAGAUCGGACCAAUCUGCAAAGAAAAUAAUGUAUGGCUUCAUAUAGACGCUGCUUAUGCGGGUGCUGCUUUCGUAUGCCCCGAGUACCAACAUUUAUUGGCUGGAGUGGAAUAUGCUGAUUCUUUCAAUUUCAAUCCACACAAGUGGCUUCUUACUAACUUUGAUUGCUCAGCCAUGUGGGUGAAAGACGCUGGACAACUCAUUAAUGCCUUCAACGUUGACAGAAUUUAUUUGGCACAUGACAAGCAAGGACUAGCACCUGAUUACAGACAUUGGCAAAUUCCUCUUGGUCGUCGAUUCAGAUCUUUAAAAUUGUGGUUUGUGAUGCGAUUAUACGGAGUCGAGGGACUGCAAAAACACAUUCGCCACUCAAUAGAAAUGGCGAAGAGAUUUGAAUCACACGUUCUAUCAGACGAGCGAUUCGAACUUGUAACCCAAAGAUCUAUGGGACUCAUCUGCUUCAGAAUGAAGGGUGACAAUUCACUGACUCGCCAACUUCUUGAUCGAUUAAUGGCGAGAAAGCACAUAUACCUGAUUGCUGCGACUUGUCGGGAGAAAUUAAUAAUCCGUUUUGCAGUAUGCACUCAUCUUACUAAAGCUGAGGACAUUGACUUUGCAUGGAACGAGAUAAGAGGACAAGGAGAUGAAAUACUAUCAGCGAAAUUGCAACAGGAGCAAAUUCAAUUGAAGAGGGAGGAGGAAAAUUUGAAUCACGAAUUUUCUGGUAAAGAGGGCGGAAUCGCAGCUCGAUUGAAGAAUAUGAAAAUUCAAGAUGCAAAACAAUCACAGAAAAUCACAUAAUAACUGGUGAAUAUUAUUAUCAUUAUGAAUGUUUGAGUGGUUAUCGGAAAUCGUCGGAUGCAAUCAGCGGGAAACUUUCUUUCAACUGUUUAAUAAUAAUUAUUAUGCCCUUGUGCAAAGAGUGAUAUUGUCGUAGGAAUUAAGGAUUAAGUAUUAAACGUAAAGAACAAAAAAAGUUGAAUAAAUGAGUUAUUAAUUGGAAAA